UCUCCCCUUCUUGAAUAUCAGUUAUCUUUCAACCUCCUUCCUUUCGACCUCCAGCAAGCCAGGCAGAGCCGUAGUGAAACCUUCUGUUUUUCCUCAUUCUCUCCUCCCCCUUAUCUCUAACGCGACAUCGGCGAUGCCCAUUCCUUAACCGGCUUUGGUAAGUACCACUGGUUUACCAAGUAAGCCGAGCGCCUCUAACGUAUGCUGGGCUCGUGUUUGUGGACAAGUGUAACAUGCGCACGUCGUGGGUACUGUUUUUCGCUCUCGUCUUAACCUUUUGCAACUGCUGGAGGUACAUGCCCCUAGCUGCCACUGCGGCGCAAUGGAUCGGAUUCCUCGUGAUUGUGCCUUCCUUGUCCUACUGGCUGGCGAGGUACAUCUGGUCCAUCGCCUUCGUGAAGUUAGUCUCUGGCGACGGCAAGGCAGUUUUGGUGGCAGGCUGCGACACGGGCUUCGGACACUUCCUGGUGAGAAGCUUGACCCACGUAGGUUUCUUCGUGUUUGCCGGCUGCCUGGACGCCACUUGCAACGGAGCCAACGAACUGAAGAAGCUCGCCAACGUGAAAGUUUUGCAGUUGGACAUCAGUAGUGAACGGCAGGUCAGCGAUGCUCUGGUGGCCAUCAAGAAAGACCUGGGCUCCAAGGUGCUGUGGGCUGUCGUGUGCAACGCGGCCAUCCGUAACGAGGGACUCCUCGAAUGGAUGACCAUGGAAGCCGUGAAGAAAGUCAUCGACGUCAACAUCCUUGGCACGUGCCGUGUCAGCAAGACGUUCCUCCCGCUGCUUAGGAAAUGCAACGGCCGCCUGGUGGUCGUCACCAGCUCUUUCGGUAAAGAGCCGCAAUUCCUUCCCUACAAGAAUUCACUGAAAUCGACCGGUGACCUUAAACCGGCAGAGGCUGAUGUUCACAAAAUCUGGCAUUCACUCAUCACAGGAUACGUAACAAUGCCCCUGGGAACGCCAUAUUCGAUGACGAAGCACGCUGUCGUGUCUAUGGUUGAUGGACUUCGUCGGGAGUGCUACGGCAAAAGCGUCGACAUCAUCCAGGUCAUGCCGCAAGCGUACAAGACGAACAUCAGUGUUCCUGUGUUAGAACAUGGGUUUACCACAGAGGACCUGAAAAAGAACUGCCCGGAGGUGGCUGAUGACUUCACACAGGAGGAAAUUGACAGCUGGAUCAGGUCUUCGAAGGUGUUCUACGACACCUUCAACAAGGAAAACGUCCAGGAGGUCGUGGACGUCAUGAUCCUCGCCGUGCGUGAAACGCACCCGAGGACGUGGUACACGACGCCGAUGAGCCUUUGCACGGCUGCGCUGUUUCCGUGCACAUACCUUCCAGACGAGGCAACAGACGCCAUCAUGGCUUUCGUCAGGACGAGAAUAGCUUCUGUCUCGGACGUCCCUGAGAAAAACAAGAGGCAUUAGUACGGC